AUGUGGAAGAUUGCUGCUGCAGCUGGAGAGAAGGUACCCAUGAGAAUGCAUCCAUUGACCACCACUGAGCUGCAAGGGAGCUAACCACACUGGCUUAGUUGAAAAAGCUGCCACAUUAGAACCCUUUAUAUCCAUCCUGAAUCAAGAACAAGGUACUUAAUGAUGACAGUGAUCCUAGCCCUUAAUACAGGUACAGUACAUAGGAUACAUGGUUUUCUGUACCCUGACUGAGGGUUGAAUACAUCUGAUGAUGUGGGGAAUCACAGAUAAUGAGAGCUGUGGUCUCCCUGCCAUGUGCAGAUGGACAAGGUGUGUGCGUGUCGUGCGUGCGUGUGUGUGCGUGUGUGUGUGUGUGUGUGUGCAUGUGUGUGUAGGUACUUAGAGGCCUGUCAGGCCCAUCUGUGGGAUUCCAGCUGACUUGGAGGGCCUGUUACCAUGGUAACCACCUCCUUAUGGUGUCUCAGUGUGUGUGUGUUGACUCCUCAUUCUGGCAUCUCCACUGGAUAAUAAUAUGCAUGAAUCUUACUGCUAAGGCGAGAGGGCACGAGACAAAUCAAAUCUGUUUCUCUUUAAACUCCCAAUUGAAUUGUAAAGGCUUCAGAGUCAAGUUAAUGUGUUUACAACUUCAUGUGAAUUGUGUUUGUUAUUUACAACCCCCAACGCAAUACUGAGUGGCUGGAAUAAAGCCUUGUCUGCGUUCCCAUUCCUCUACCCUUCUACAGAAGUGUGCGCUCCUUCACUCCCCCUCAUGCAUUUAAAAGCAUCGAAUUGGUACAGCAUCGAACAGUCCAUUCCUUUUAAAUCCUUGAGGGGAAGUAUACAAGUGCAGACAUGGGGAGAAGAGAAUCAGACUGUAGCCCAUGUUGUUGUUGUUGUUGUUGCUGUUGUCGUUGUUGUCGUUGUCGCUGUUGUUGUUGAUUUGAGCAUGUUAGGGCUGACAGUGAGACAGGUUGUCCAUGCUCCACACAGCCUUAUGAGGACUUGUGAUGGGUCUAGUCCUUCUAUACUAGUCCUUCUCUGGUUGUCUUCCUCAUUCACCCAAACAUAACCCCUUCCUCAAACAUAACCCCUUCCUCAAACAUUACCCCCUUCCUCAAACAUAACCCCUUCCUCAAACAUAACCCCUUCCUCAAACAUUACCCCCUUCCUCAAACAUAACCCCUUCCUCAAACAUUACCCCCUUCCUCAAACAUAACCCCCUUCCUCAAACAUAACCCCCUUCCUCAAACAACCCCUUCCUCAAACAUUACCCCCUUCCUCAAACAUAACCCCAUUCCUCAAACAUUACCCCCUUCCUCAAACAUAACCCCCUUCCUCAAACAUAACCCCUUUCCUGAAACAUAACCCCCUUCCUCAAACAUAAAUACCUUCCUCAAACAUAACCCCCUUCCUCAAGCAUAACUACCUUCCUCAAACAUAACCCCUUUUCUGAAACAUAACACCCUUCCUCAAACAUAACCCCUUCCUCAAACAUAACCCCCUUCCUGAAAUAUAACCCCCUUCCUCAAACAUAACCCCCUUCCUCAAAUAUAACUACCUUCCUCAAACAUAACCCCCUUCCUCAAACAUAACCCCCUUCCUCAAACAUAACCCCCUUCCUCAAACAUAUACCCCCUUCCUCAAACAUAACCACCCUUCCUCAAACAUUAACCCCUUCCUCAAACAUUACACCCCCCUUCCCAAACAUAACCCCUUCCUCAAACAUUACCCCCCUUCCUCAAACAUAACCCUUCCUCCAAACAUAACCCCCCUUCCCUCAAACAUAACCCCCUUCCUCAAACAUAACCCCCUUCCUCAAACAACCCCUUCCUCAAACAUUACCCCCUUCCUCAAACAUAACCCCAUUCCUCAAACAUUACCCCCUUCCUCAAACAUUACCCCCUUCCUCAAACAUAACCCCUUUCCUGAAACAUAACCCCCUUCCUCAAACAUAAAUACCUUCCUCAAACAUAACCCCCUUCCUCAAGCAUAACUACCUUCCUCAAACAUAACCCCUUUCCUGAAACAUAACACCCUUCCUCAAACAUAACCCCCUUCCUCAAACAUAACCCCCUUCUUGAAAUAUAACCCCCUUCCUCAAACAUAACCCCCUUCCUCAAAUAUAACUACCUUCCUCAAACAUAACCCCCUUCCUCAAACAUAACCCCCUUCCCAGAGGAGGCUACUGAGGGGAGGACGGCUCAUAAUAAUGUCUGGAUCGGAGCUAAUGGAAUGGCAUCAAACACAAAGAAACCAUGUUUGAUACCAUUCCACUGAUUUCUCACAGGCCUCUGUCCCUGUCUCACCCAGUGGGAUGUGGGAUGUUGAGCAGAGACAAGGGCAUAUAGUCUACGUGCUGGUUGAGCUCAAACUGGUGGCCUACCUCUAUAUAGUGACAGAUUUCCUGACCCUUUCCUGUUGCCUACCCCUGCCUUAGGCCCUAGGUAUGCCAAGUAUAUGCCAGGCAGAUUUUAUACUGAGGACACUAGGAAGUGUCCCUUUGUGCAUGAUAGAGGCUUGGUGUGGGGGUUGUGCAAUACUGCAGUGUAAUUUACUGAUUGAUUUGAACUGCCAGUCUUUUUAUUGCUCUAAUCUCUUGUAUGCUCUCUCUCUCUCUCUCUCUCUCUCUCUCUCUCUCUCUCUCUCUCUCUCUCUCUCUCUCUCUCUCUCCUCUCUAUUUCUCAAUCCCCCCUCCUCCAUCUUCCUCUCUCCCUCUCUCUACCCCCCCUAUCUCUCACCCCCUCUUCAUUUUCCCUCACCCUCUCUCUCUCUCCCCACUCCUUCCCCCCUCUCUUUCCUCUCCAGUGUCUAGUUGUCAUGGCAGACAGUCGGCAGCCCGAGGACAACAGCUCCUCUCACUGGGCCCCUCCCACUAACGGAGCCCAGGACCAAUCAGCUGCCCUCGCUGGCCACGGAGAGAACGGCUACUCCUCCUACAGAGAGAACGGCUAUCACGGAGGACACACGGCGACAGCAGGUGAGAGAGCACUGGAGGGGUAUAGCCACCUCUUAACUGAAGCGGUAGGUGUUACCAUGCAGCCUAAUUGAGGUUUCCUGAGGGAAAUAGCUGGAGCUGUAUCCCUACAGGGUUUUAGGGACCUCAUUGGAGUUUGUGGUUUACCUGUAGACGUGUACAGUAGGCUUAUUCUACGAUUACAAUAAGACUUGCUGGUAAGAAAGGGUGUGACUGUCUAAAGGACAGGCUUUGUCCUUCAGAUUGGGUUUAUUGUAACAGAGUAGCACAUUGGCAUGGUCCUAAAGGACAGAGGUUAGAGCAGGUGUUUGUGAGCUUGUGCAUGUGUCCCCCCCAUGCGUGUGUCCCCCGUGUGUGUCCCCCAUGCGUGUGUCCCCCAUGCGUGUGUGUCCCAUGUGUGUGUGUCCCAUGUGUGUGUGUCCCAUGCGUGUGUCCCCCAUGCGUGUGUCCCCAUGUGUGUGUCCUCCAUACAUGUGUCUCAAUGUUUGUUUGUCUGCCUGCCUGGGUGUGUAUGUGUGUCUGUGUCUGCGUUUCUAUAUGUGUGUGUGUGUCUGUGUCUGCGUUUCUAUAUGUGUGUGUGUGUGUGUGUAUGUGUGUCCGCGUGCAGAGCAAGUGUCAGCCCAUAUAGUUGAGGAGGUGACAGCAGAGGCGGUGGCAGUGCUCAAGCAGGAGCAGGAGCAGCAGGACUCUACUAGGAGACUGCCCUCAGGUAGGCCUUAGUGACAGAGUUCCCUAUAACACCUUCUUCACACUACUGAGCAGAGCCAUGACAGGUCAGCACGAUAGGUGUGAAAAGGGUCACACUGAUAGGCUCAUACCAGGCUACAGUAACAAAUUUACGGUGGCCCCCGUGAGUGGCAUGGGACAUACUGCAGGGUAAGGGAAGGUGUCUGUCAAUCCUCUUUCCCUGGCCGUACCAUUACAUCAUCAUUGUGCUGUUGGUGCCAUUUGGCUGUUAGGAUAGUCUUUAGCAAUGACUGCCGUUUUGCUGGUGCUCUCUGGCUCUUAUUAAAGCCACGGUCUGCGUUUGGUACAUCCAUUUACACAUCCAGUUUCAGAGGGGUUACAUUUACCUAGCCUAAUCCCUCAGCUGUAGGACCAAACAAAAGUGGCACGGCGGCCAUUUUGUGGUUUUUCUAAUCCCAGACUGUAGUUUUAAGCCAAUGUUAUUAGGGUUAUGUUACAGGUCAAAUGACUAUGACACGCAUACUUACUGUAUCACAACACAUGACAACAAUUUUAUUGAUUUACUCGUGAGUACAACAUGCAUUCUAAAUAUGUGCUCAGUAACUUGCAUCUUCAAUAUCCUCAAUAUCUUCAAUAUAUCCAUAAUCUGUUCUGCCUCAGAGUCUCUUUAGCAAAUCGUUGAGCGCUGUUUAUCUUUUCUCUCAGUCUGAAUGGGAGAUUCUCUGCCUAGAGUGACUCAUCGAAAAGACCCUUCCCAUUAAUCCAAUCAUAGAGGAUCAGACCAGGGGGAUUAAGGCUGUGUCCCAAAUGGAACCCUAUUCCAUAUGUAGUGCACUACUUUAGACUAGGGCCCAUCUAGAGAAAUAGCCUGCCAUUUGGGAUGCACAUAAAUGUGCUGCGACAAAGCUCUCCCAGACAACAGAACAUCCCCACAGCCGGACAACACACUCCCCAGAGACACGCAAACACACACACACACACACCGACACACACAUACGUACAAUACAGCCACAGCGCUGUUGAUGUGGUUUGUUGUGUAUCUUCCCUCUACCCAUGUCUUGUCUACCCUGUCUGUCUCUUUCCCUUCACAGUGGAGGACUCUGCCAACCUGCCUCCCUCCCCUCCCCCCUCUCCGUCGGCAGAGCAGAUCGGACCCAUGGAGCAAGGUAUGCACACAAAAGCUCAUCCACGUGCGCAAACACGCAAGCUCACACACGCAAGCACGCACACACACACACACACACACACACACACACACUCUUGAGACAGGAUGAGAGGAUGGGUGUGUGUGAAAGUGACAGGAGCUAUAGGUGUAUAUCAGUUGGGAGGUAACACACUCACACACUUGACCUUCCUCUGGGUGUUGAUGAUGCUUCAUCCUCUUUCUUCCCUUCUUUAUUUAUCUUAGCCAUGUCUUUCCUUAGCAUGGGACAACUGGUAGUGGUUUCCCUGCUUGAUCAGUAGAUAGACAUUCCUCCCUCUGUUUUCGUGUCUGUGUUUCACUUGUCACUAGCCGUCUACCACCCGGUGAGUCAACCCUGCAGCUUCUGUCUAUUUACGUAUGUUUAACAUAAAUAAUGGGACAUUGGUCACUUUAAUAAUGUUUAACAUACUGUUUUCAUAUGUAUAUACUGUAUUCUAGUCAAGGCCAUCCUAUUCAACUAUUGCUGUACAUAUACUAUUCUAUCCUACGUAUUCUACAGAUAUACUAUAUAUUCUAUCCAUAUACUGUCCAUAGUGUCGAUAAAUCCCAUCUCAUAUAUAUUUAUUUAUAUAUAUAUAUAUAUAUAUAUAUAUAUAUAUAUAUAUAUAUAUAUAUAUAUACAGAACCAGUCAAAAGUGUGGACACACCUACUCAUUCAAGGGUUUUUCUUUAUUUUUACUAUUUUCUACAUUGUAGAAUAAUAGUGAAGACAUCAAAACUAUGAAAUAACACAUAUGGAAUCAUGUAGUACCCAAAAAAGUGUUAAACAAAUCAAAAUAUUUUUUAUAUUUGAGAUUCUUCAAAUAGCCACCCUUUGCCUUGAUGACAGCUUUGCACACGCUUGGCAUUCUCUCAACCAGCUUCAUGAGGUAGUCACCUGGAAUGCAUUUCAAUUAACAGGUGUGCCUUGUUAAAAGUUCAUUUGUGGAAUUUCUUUCCUUCUUAAUGCGUUUGAGCCAAUCAGUUGUGUUGUGACAAGGUAGGGGGGAUAUACAGUAGAUAGCCCUAUUUGGUAAAAUACCACAUCCAUAUUAUGGCAAGAACAGCUCAUAUAAGCAAAGAGAAACGACAGUCCAUCAUUACUUUAAGACAUGAAGGUCAGUCAAUCCAGAAAAUGUCAAGAACUUUGAAAGUUUCUUCAAAUGCAGUUGUAAAAACCAUCAAGCGCUAUGAUGAAACUGGCUCUCAUGAGGACCGCCACAGGAAAGGAAGACGCAGAGUUACCUCUGCUGCAGAGGAUAAGUUCAUUAGAGUUAACUGCACCUCAGAUUGCAGCCCAAAUAAAUGCUCAAGUAACAGACACAUCUCAACAUCAACUGUUCAGAGGAGACUGUGUGAAUCAGGCCUUCAUGGUCGAAUUGCUGCAAAGAAACCACUACUUAAGGACACCAAUAAGAAGAAGAGACUUACUUGGGCCAAGAAACACAAGCAAUGGACAUUAGACCGGUGGAAAUCUGGCCUUUGGUCUGAUGAGUCCAAAUUUGAGAUUUUUGGUUCCAACCACUGUGUCUUUGUGAGACGCAGAGUAGGUGAACAAAUUAUCUCUGCAUGUGUGGUUCCCACCGUGAAGCAUGGUGGAGCAGGUGUGAUGGUGUGGGGGUGCUUUGCUGGUGACACAUUUGUUGAUUUAUUUAGAAUUCAAGGCACACUUAAACAGCAUGACUACCACAGCAUUCUGCAGCGAUACACCAUCCCAUCUGGUUUGCGCUUAGUGGGACUAUCAUUUGUUUUUCAACAGGACAAUGACCCAAAACACACCUCCAGGCUGUGUAAGGGCUAUUUGAACAAGGAGAGUGAUGGAGUGCUGCAUCAGAUGACCUGGCCUCCACAAUCACCCGACCUCAACCGAAUUGAGAUGGUUUGGGAUGAGUUGGACCGCAGAGUGAAGGAAAAGCAGCCAACAAGUGCUCAGCAUAUGUGGGAACUCCUUAAAGACUGUUGGAAAAGCAUUCCUCAUGAUGCUGGUUGAGCGAAUGCCAAGAGUGUGCAAAGCUGUCAUCAAGGCAAAGGGUGGCUACUUUGAAGAAUCUAAAAUCUAAAAUAUAUUUCAAUUUGUUUAACACUACAUGAUUCCAUAUGUGUUAUUUCAAAGUUUUGAUGUCUUCACUAUUAUUCUACAAUGUAGAAAAUAGUAAAAAUAAAGAAAAACCCUUGAAUGAGUAGGUGUGUCCAAACUUUUGACUGGUACUGUAUAUAUAUAUGUAUAUUUAUGUAUUUAUACUCCGGACUCCGACAUUGCUUUAUUCCAUUCUUUUACGUUUUAGAUUUGUGUGUAUUGUUGUGUAUUGUUAGAUAUUACUGCAUUGUUGGAGCUAGUAACACAAGCAUUUCGCUACACCCGCAAUAACAUCUGCUAAUUAUGUGUACGUGACCAAUAACAUUUGAUUUGAUUUUUGAUUUGAUUUUACUCCUUGUCACUCAGCUCAGAGCAGUAGGCUUGCACUGCACCCUAACACAGCACUCUAACACUGCACCCUAACACUGUACCCUCUACGCGGCUGGUCUUGGUAGAAUCACCUGUGAACUGUGUGUGGUUGAUCUCUCGGUUUCCUUUACCUGUCACCCCUCACCCAAUCUCCUAGACUCUACCCACCUUCUUUCUGUAAAUGACACAUCUCGCACUUAUCGUAUUCUGAGCGCUGAUCUCGCGUCACAUCUUCGAUAUCCAUCGCGCGCCGCAGAGCGUCGAGAGAAGAGAGCGAGAAGCGACGCUAGGAGAGGGAGCGAAGAGCGACGAGGAGAGAGAUCGAGACGGAUGAAGAAGGAGCCGGAGCGCUUGCUUCUGAGAGCUGCUCGCGAGCUACGCAGAGAGAUCUCGCGGAUCGGGGAUCGGGGGGCGAGAAGCGCGACGAGGGAGACGAGAAGGGAGAGAGAGCGCGGCGUAAUAGAGGAGAAGGAGAGGGAGAGAGAGGAAAGUGAGAGAAUCUAUGCUCUGGAGCGAGCUCUGCGAGAGAUAGAUAGAAGUUUCCUAGGGCGUCCUACGCAGAUUUCUCUCUCUCUUUCCUCUUUUCUCUCUCUCUCUUUCUCUCUCGAUCUCGCUCUCUCUCUCCUUUCCUCUUUCUCUCUCUCUCUCUCUCUCUCUCUCUCUCUCUCUUCUCUCUCUCUCUCUCUCUUCCCUCUCUCUCUCUCUUCUCCCCUUUUGUGUUUCUCACCUGUUGGUUUACACUUGCUGUAGAUGACAUUACGGCUUUCAGCUCUCCUCACAGCACCGACCAUUUACAACACACACACACUAACUAUUCCCUCCACUUAAUGCUGGUCACUGUAUUACACUACAUGGAAUUCCAACUGAGCACAUCUUUGGUACAGACUUCUAAACUUACCAGACCAGGUAUUUCAUUUGAUGAUCCUUUCAUGAAUUUACCUGUAAUCGCAGGAAUACUUGCAUGAGAUCAUUACAAUUAAUGUAUUUAUUUUUGUCUGCAUGCUUUAAAGAUACCGUUUAAUUGUGUUAGAAUGUUUACAAAAACACCACAUUUUAUAGGCACAUUAUAUUGUAGGUCAUUGCCUCCGACAGAGCUGAAAGUGUCUCACCAGUGUUAUCCCAUUGUGUAGUAAGCCCUGUCUGUGUUAUCCAUGUCCAUGUCCCUGUCCUGUCCCUGUCUUCCCCUUCCCAAAGAGGAGAGACUAGAGGUUGUCCCUACUUCCCCUGAGGAGGAGGAGGAGGAGGUUACCCAAGUCCAAGCAGCUCCUGAGGAGGAGCAUCCAGGUCAACAGGGGGAGGAUUCUGAUCAGCAGCCCACAGACAUGCUCUUAGAGCAGGUUAAUAUUGUAAGCGAGCCCCAGGCUUUGCCCUGUCCGCAGGCCGAGACUCAUAAAGUCCUCAACGGGGGAAGAAGCCAUCAGGCUGAGUUGGAUAAACCAUCAGAGGAAGGUGUGUGUGCGUGUGUGUGUGUGUGUCUGUCUGUGUGUGUGUGUGUGUGUGUGUGUGUGUGUGUGUGUGGCGUGUGCACACGUGCAUGUUUUUACUGUUUGUCUGUGUUUCCCAAGUUGCAUGAUUUCCUCGUCUGUUUUGAUGGCUAGGCUGUGAUGUGGAUCUAGCUUUGUUGUGCUACUGAUUUCUUAGCUGCUGCUUCUGCUGCUGCUACAAUGUGAACACAUAACAGCACAUUGAUGUCUUGUGCUUAUUGCAUAAGAAGCCAAUUCAUUUUGUGCUUUCGUCAAUGAUCGAAAAAAAAAUUUAUGCGGCCCCCAGUUCACUUUUGAACUCAUUGCUAAGUGUUUUUGCCAGCUACAUUGCAAAUGAGAUGGUAAAUGUUUUGAAUGUCAGGUGUAUUGUAAAGAUUCAUUGUGAAUCUGUUUUUUUCCCCGUGGGGUUUUGUUUUUGGCUUUGGUACAAUGUUUGUGUUCAAUUGUGUCUCUGUAUUAUUUGCAUUCAGUUUCAUGUUGCUGUCAUUUCAUCUGACGUCAAUGUAAACCCGCAGUAAUAUAGGAAGUACUAGGUACAACUCUGUUUUCCAAUUACCUCAAUUCUAUCUCUAUGACACUCCUGACACUGAGUUAUACUCACCUUCAUUGAUUGAACAUUUAGGUUUUCUACAUUUUCAUCCUUUAAUAAGAUCUUCCUAAACAUUUACUCAUUUGAGUUUGUAGUUAGAAUCAACAUCAUAAAAUAUUCUGUAUAUAUAGUCAAUAUGAAACAUGUUACAUUCAUUGUAUCCUAAAUUAAUUCACCACAAAGGCUAUCCUCGCACGAGGUAGCACAGUAAUUCAAGUUUACUUAAAGUGCCACUAUCUUCUUGAAUAUUUCAGAUGAAUUCUAAAUAUCCCAUGUCAUUCAAGUCAUGCUCUUCAUUCAGUCAUUCUGUUCCUGCACGCCAUCCCAAUGUCAUGGAACUGCACUGGGCUGCAAUCAUGGUCCCAGUGCCCAAAGAGAGAAUGCUGUGUGCCGUACAUUCUGCUUGAUGGACAGCUAUCCAUAUGAAGAGGUGCUUUGCUUGUCUGUGCUGUCUGUAGCUUGUGGAAACUGCAAAGAAAGAAAGAAAGCUGAGCUAGUGUAACUCAUCAGCAGCACAGACCACUGCAGAUUUACUUCCAGACCUGCCGGUGAACCCAGAGAAGCCUCGUUCCGACAAUCCUGCCAUGGCAGAGGAGCACCCACGGGGGGCACUGCCACCGCAGAGCCCGGUGGCCGCCACCGCAGAGACAGAAACACCCGAGGGAGCAGAGAGCGCCGUGUCCAUCACUGAGUCCUCCUCUGGUUCCCCCCAAAACAAAUCUUUAACAGAUCCUACCCCCACAGAACCCGAGAAGACAGUUCAGCCUUUAGUGGAACCAGAAAAGGGGCAAGGGACUGGAAGUACCACUAGUGUGGUUCCUGAGAUAGAAUACAUCCCGGAGCCCAAGACCACGGCUGAGAAACAGCCCUCGGUUGAAGAGCUCGACUCAGUUCCUCUUUCAGUUGUAUAUGAGCCCCUGAAAGAUUACAUUGAGGAAGAGGAGGAAAAUGAUGAUUAUGUUACACCCAGUAAGUCAGCAAACUUUGAAAGCGUCCGUGAGGAGAAAGAGAUCAAAUCGGAGAAAACUGAGAAAAGAAUGCUGAGUCUAGGACAAUCGACCGCCAGGCCAUUGUCAUUUGAGACUGAGAAGAUUGAAGAUACUCCUCAAAGUAAUAUCAGUGAGGGAGAAAACCCAAAGGCACACAUAUCCGCUCCAGACGGUCUAAAAGACAAGCAGAGUUCGGAAGAUAAGUCGGGAGUUGCUUCAAAAGAUGAGUCAGGUAUGACGGCCUACUUUGAGACCUCUACACAAAGGGAUACUGAAGAACCAGGAGAACAUGCUGAGGGUUACUAUGAGCUCAGUGCUGUCAGCCAGAAGAAGCCCUCAGAGAAGGUUCUGGAGGCCGAUUCAAACAUUAAAAUAAGCCAUUCAGCACCAGAACAGACAGAAUCCAGCACAACGUUGACGAGUGACAGUGCCAUGGACAAACUAGAGGAUCUCCCUAAGAGGAAGGAUGCGUGUACUAGGCUGUCACCAGGCAAAUUGUCAUUGGAACAGAGAAGUCUCUCCCUGAAUUUUACUAUUGGCUCAAUGGGUCAAGCAGGAGAGCAAAACCAGUCAAAGCUCUCAUCUCUUACAGAGAUCUCUUCCGGAAGCCUUGACGAAACCACAGGCUACCUUCCUGUAACCACCCCAUUAGUAACAUUAGAGAGACAGUUCCUUCCUGUGACUCCAGAGAUAGCUAUCCCAGUCCCUACCACUGAAGCCGCCACAGAUCCACCUGAAGACACCACCUCCACCACCUCCAAGACAACGUGCUCUCCAAAGUUGUCACUCUCACCCAUGAAGCAACACUACACUAAUUUGAACGACCCAUUCAAUGACCUUCCUGAGAUGCUGGACCUAGCCGGUGUUAAUCCCAAACCCACCCUGGAGAAGAGGGAGCUGGACCAGCAUAACAGAAGGAGGUCGGUCCCUGCCUGUCCGUCUGCUGCUCUGGUGGGCAGUUCUCUGGCCAAGCUGGUACUGGGGAACCAGCAGACGCCCAAGGUGGUGGAUGGAGGAGAGAGCCAGCAGGAGGAGCGUGGUUACUGUGUGUUUAGUGAGUACUCUGGUCCCAUGCCCUCGCCUGCCGACCUGCACAGCCCAGUGGGCUCCCCACACCAACGGUUUCCCACAGUGACCGAAGGGGACAGUGACGAGGAACUGGGAGCCAUUGCGGAAGAGGGCGAGCAAAAGGUGGCACCGCAAAAACCAAACCAGGCAGAGGAUUCGGUUGGAGGAACGGUUAAGCCAACUUUGGUGCUUGAAAGAGCUGUCACGGCAGGUGUCAAACCGGAUCGUCUGAGGAUCCCUGUGGCUCCAUCCAAAGACAAACUGACAGAGUUCCGACUUGAGAGUGGUCUUCCUGGGGACAUCAAAACCCAAGCCAUUCCUGAGGUGGAGUUGGAGCAGGACCUCUCCAGAGAAGCGUCCCCCAUCCCACCAGACUUCGCAUUUACUUUCGGCACUGAGGCGAAGGACGCCAAGCUUCGUGCGACCCCUGAGUCUCCAGCAAAAAAGGCUGCCACUGUGGAAGGAACCAAAGCUGAGGAAACCACAGCGGAAGUCAAAGCAGAGGUGGCGUCAGCAAGGAUUGGGAAGAGUCAGAAGACUGGUCAUGAAAAGCCAGAGAUGGAGAAAGUGGAGGAGAACUCAGACCCAGACCAUCAGGACGCUGUUGAAGACGUACAGCCAAAGGAUGUUCAAGGACCAGAGAGAGAAAAGAAAGAAAGACCCGUGACAUCAUCACCAGAAUCAUUAGUGGAGAUCAUCAAUGCGCAGGAGAAGAAGCGUGAAAGCGAACCAGAGGCGUCAACAGUACCAGUGGAGGCUGCCGUUCCAAAAGAAGAGGGCAAGACCAAAGCCGAAGAAACAUCACCAACACCCUCUAACGUGAGCACUGCGGAAGUGGAGGAAGCCACAGAGCAGCAACAAGAGAAAAGUCCAGAGAAAAGGGUUUCUGUAAGUUCUCCAGUUAUAGUCAUACCUCAGGCACAGGUUGAGGAAGAGGAGGAAGACGAUAUAGAAGUAGCUGAGGAAGUCUUGGAGGAAGUUGAAGGCCCUCCUGUACUGCUCAAGGAGAAAGAGCAGGAGAGUCACCCUGUGGAGAAGCAGGAGGAGAUGGCAGAAGAGGUGAGGGUGGUGGAUGGGGCAGAGGAGGUGAUUGUUGAAAAUCCUAAAGACUUGGAGAUUACUGUUUCUGCGGCUGACGAAUCAUGUGAUGCUACUGCCCCAACCAUUGAUGAAGGGGAUUAUGCCGAUCACAUCUCUCAUCUAUCUGCCUGCUCUGACAACGACCAGCCACAAACCCUCGACGGACAGGAGGAAGAGAAGAAUGAAGUGGAGGAUAAAGAAGGGGUGGUGCUGCAGGAGGAGGAGGAGUCCGGUGAGGUGGGGCAGGAGACGGAGACCUCAGACGUACUGCAGAGCCAGACCGACGAGACCACCGCUCACGACGAGACCACCAUGGAUGUCUCCAUGUUAGACACCGACAGUGGCUGGGUGGACUCUCAAGGUAGUAGUCCCAAAUCGUGCAUGCAAUUACUAAAAUGCAAAUGCAAAAUAUUAGCUUCACAUGUUUUUUGUCUCCAUUGCGUAACUCACACAUUUAAGUGUUAUUAACAACAACAAACAAGCGUCUUAACUGGACUAUGAACAACAAUACACAAUCUAUAUCGUGGAAAUCUUCAAAUGUACUUUAUACACAGAUGGUCCAUUCUAGUCAAUAUAGAUCAUGUGCAACAUAGGACAUAUGGGCCCGGUGUAUGUGGGCUUAGCCCUCCUGUCCUAUCUCACUCCCUAUGCUACAGAUGAUGACAGAAGCCUAAUGACAGAGCAGAUUGAAGCUCUGCCCAAAACACAGAGUCCUGUCAAGACUCCCCUGGUAGAGAGACCCUCUAAUAAACGACCCCCCGGCAGAGGACAGGGGCGCGUCUCCACCCCCGAGCGCAAACCCACCCGCAGAGUGCCCAUCAGUCGUCGUCCGAAGGAGGAGGAGAAGAAGAAGAAAGGUUUCUAGUUCUAGAAUGUUAGAUUGUCAAUGUUGUUCUGUUAUUUACUGGAUAUAUCUGUGGUACUACUGAACAUCACUUCUGUCAUGGAAGUCUUUUAAACUGGGAGGGAUUUGGUUUAGUUUUAUUACACAAUUUGUAAAUGACAAUGUUAUCACCUCUUCAAGGUCUUGAGACCCAUACUGUGUGUUGGUUAAAUGGGAAUUGUACCAUGCUAUAACAGAUGUCCACUUCCUUCCUGUUGUUAACCCUGUCUUCCCUCUCUGCUAGCGGGGACGAAGAGAACUGAACAGUGUAAGGUAUCAGUCCUCCAGAGUCACUCUCCCACUCGGAGGAGUGUAGUCAAAGCUGCUACAUUCAGACAAUCUAGACCUGCUUCGCACCACGGCUCUGCUAGAUGCAAGCCACCAGGUGACCUACCUACCGUCCUCACAACAGCGAAACCGAUGCAAUGUAGCUGGCCAAAAACAUCAUGUGCACUGCAGACCCAUCUCUAGAUGUUUCUCUGUUGUUCAUAGUUUUUCUUCUCCCAUUUUAUUACUGUAUUGGUCAUUAUUUUGAUGUUUUGUUUUUGAGAAUCAUGAGAUCAUGUUGCAUUAUGCUCAUCCAAGCUGUAAGCUCCAUGUUUGGGGAGUGGUUGUGCUUUGUGAGGACAAUGUGCUACUAUGGUUGUGCUUUGUGAGGACCAUGUGCUACUAUGGUUGUGCUUUGUGAGGACCAUGUGCUACUAUCCCAGCUAGCACAUAACGUUCUGAGAACCAGAUGUUUCUUAGAGCUUGGUGAGAGCAUACAACCUUCCCUCAAAGUUCUGGGAAUGGUGCAGGAUAGUUGCUUGGCUUUGGAACAUUCUCAGCACAUUUAAGGAACUUGACAAAAAAAAAACUAUAUUUUCUUGGUAUUGCAUUACUUUAACAGAAUGUUUCCUAAAAGUUCAAACAUGGUUACAUUUCAUUUCAAUUUAGGUAAUGUUCUAGGAACGUUCUCUAACUGGUUGGACAUUGGGAAUGUUUUUAAAUAGUUCAGAGAACAUUAAGAAAUAACAUUCCUAUGUGGGAAUUUCAGUACUUAACAUAACGUUUCCUACAGGUUUACUCAUGGUUCUAUUUAAAGUCUUGUUCUAAAAUUGUUCAGAAAAUGUUAAGAAAACAUUCCAUAAAAACCACACGACAACUUUAGAGAUCAAAGAAUGUUAUUUUAAAACAUAUGCAUUCCGUUCUCAGCAUCAAUAAAACUCUCUCUAUCCUCUAUCUUGUUUUGUGUGUUCAGGUGUGUUGGCCGCGCCCACUAAUUGGCCACACCUGAGGUUAAUGAGUGCUUCUUUCCUUUGUAAUGGGGUCUGUUUGAAUAGACUAAAAUUACCAGCUUUCUAUGAGUAAAACAAAACAUGGCAUGCUAGCUACAUCCUGGUGGCGCAGUGGACUAAUUCCAUGGAUAGAGAACAGAAGAUCAUAGGUUGAAAUCUCACUGAUUCAAUGUCACAAUAAAGGUGUUUGCAUGAUUAAUGCCAAAGGAAAUUAAUUUCUAUAUGUGCUUGGAGUUCCAAAAAGUUAACCCAAACUAAGCUAGCAGUGUUAUUAAAAGCCUAUUGAAACAUUCAGUGAAAGUUUUAAGGAAAUUAUUAAAAAACCUCCAAAUAACCUAUAGUUUUCAUUCUCAGAGCGUAAAUACAACCUCUCAGGAAAACUUUCGUUUUUAAAAUGUACGUUCCCAGAACAGGCAAAAUGUUCACUUCCGUUCUCUGAACAUUAAAAAAACGCUCAGUUUUACCAGUCAGAAUACUUAUGGCUUCUUUCCCAGAACCAAUGGGAAACCAAAAAUGUACGUUCCCACAACUUCCAAGGAACCAAUGUGCUAGCUUGGAUGGUUUUGUAUUGAGCCACAGUACUAUACCUUGCUCUUCUGUUUGGUGGAAGUGAUUGGCAGGUGUCUGACUGGGGUGCUGCUGUGUGAACUGAAAUAUGGGUGAAUUUGGUCAGGAACAAAUGAGCCUGACAGAAAUGCUUCCUUCAAGAUUUGCAAUUUGCAUCAGUUCUGUAUUAGGAGGUUUUCUGCUUCAGUGGUUAAAGAUAGAUUGCACUGGCUGUGUGUGUGGACUGUGUGUGUGUGUGUUCGAGUGUUUGAGAUCAUUUAUGGGUUGUACUCUGUUCUCUGGUAUCUGGCAUCUGCUGCAUUCGCUCAACUCAUUGCAGCCGCUGUGCGUUUCUGUUGGCUGAUAUCACCCUCUGCUGGCCUAGCUCUGACAGUUGAUUCUCUCUCUCUCUCUCUCUCUCUCUCUCUCUCUCUCUCCUCCCUCUCUCUUCCCUCUCUCUCUCUCUCUCUCUCUCUCUCUCUCUCUCUCUCUCUCUCUCUCUCCUCAGCCAUGGAGGACCGGCAGCCUCUUAAUGUGGCCCACCAAUCCCGGGAAAGGACCUCUGUAAGUAAUAAUGUAUAACAUACCGAUGUCACAUUCUGUUGUCACUGACAUCCCACCUCCGAUAUGUUUUCUGUCUUUGUAUUUCAUUAUUUUCCCAUCGCUCAUCUCCUGUCUGUCAUUCUGUCUAUUAUUUGUCCAUCUCUCUGUCUGUCCUGCAUGCCAUGCGUUCAUCCUACCUGCGUUGCCAUGGCUACCGUCUAGAGCCUCACACGCACUGCCUUAAAAAACCAUCGACUAACCAGGGGGCUAGAGGACCUGUCUCCCAGGCCCAACUCUGCAUGCUCCCACACUAAACGCAAACCCUUAGUGGAGGCGGAUUUAUGCGGGCCACGCCCCUCCUCCGCAUGCUCGGGAAGAAACUCCCCCUCCCCCUCACUGCAGAGGCGGGGGCGGAGGGAAGAGAAGGUAAGGAGGAGGGGCAAAGGAAAAGACACACCCUUUACAGCAGUACCCUCCCUCCUUCCUUAUCGUGCAGUACACACCCUUUAGAGCAGUACCCUCCCUCCUUCCUUAUCGUGCAGUACACACCCUUUACAGCAGUACCCUCCCUCCUUCAUUAUCGUGCAGUACACACCCUUUACAGCAGUACCCUCCCUUCUUCCUUAUCGUGCAGUACACACCCUUUACAGCAGUACCCUCCCUCCUUCCUUAUCGUGCAGUACACACCCUUUACAGCAGUACCCUCCCUUCUUCCUUAUCGUGCAGUACACACCCUUUACAGCAGUACCCUCCCUCCUUCCUUAUCGUGCAGUACACACCCUUUAGAGCAGUACCCUCCCUCCUUCCUUAUCGUGCAGUACACACCCUUUACAGCAGUACCCUCCCUUCUUCCUUAUCGUGCAGUACACACCCUUUACAGCAGUACCCUCCCUUCUUCCUUAUCGUGCAGUACACACCCUUUAGAGCAGUACCCUCCCUUCUUCCUUAUCAUGCAGUACACACCCUUUAGAGCAGUACCCUCCCUCCUUCCUUAUCGUGCAGUACACACCCUUUACAGCAGUACCCUCCCUCCUUCCUUAUCAUACAGUACACACCCUUUACAGCAGUACCCUCCCUCCUUCCUUAUCAUACAGUACACACCCUUUACAGCAGUACCCUCCCUCCUUCCUUAUCAUACAGUACACACCCUUUACAGCAGUACCCUCCCUCCUUCCUUAUCGUGCAGUACACACCCUUUACAGCAGUACCCUCCCUCCUUCCUUAUCGUGCAGUACACACCCUUUACAGCAGUACCCUCCCUCCUUCCUUAUCGUGCAGUACACACCCUUUACAGCAGUACUAUCCCUCCUUCCUUAUCGUGUAGUACACACCCUUUAGAGCAGUACCCUCCCUCCUUCCUUAUCGUGCAGUACACACCCUUUACAGCAGUACCCUCCCUCCUUCCUUAUCGUGCCGUACACACCCUUUACAGCAGUACUAUCCCUCCUUCCUUAUCGUGCAGUACACACCCUUUAGAGCAGUACCCUCCCUCCUUCCUUAUCGUGCAGUACACACCCUUUAGAGCAGUACCCUCCCUUCUUCCUUAUCGUGCAGUACACACCCUUUAGAGCAGUACCCUCCCUCCUUCCUUAUCGUGCAGUACACACCCUUUACAGCAGUACCCUCCCUCCUUCCUUAUCGUGCAGUACACACCCUUUACAGCAGUACCCUCCCUCCUUCCUUAUCGUGCAGUACACACCCUUUAGAGCAGUACCCUCCCUCCUUCCUUAUCGUGCAGUACACACCCUUUACAGCAGUACCCUCCCUUCUUCCUUAUCGUGCAGUACACACCCUUUACAGCAGUACCCUCCCUUCUUCCUUAUCGUGCAGUACACACCCUUUAGAGCAGUACCCUCCCUUCUUCCUUAUCAUGCAGUACACACCCUUUAGAGCAGUACCCUCCCUCCUUCCUUAUCGUGCAGUACACACCCUUUACAGCAGUACCCUCCCUCCUUCCUUAUCAUGCAGUCUGUAUAGGUGCAAUUCAUUCCAUAUUGGUAAUGUCAGAGAUGUUUGUUCGUUUUUUGUCCAUUAAUUCUCACAACCACACAAUUGGGUAUUACAAGCGGUUUAAUUUAGUUCUCAGCAUUCAAGUGUUGUCGGUAGGUCGUUGUUAGAUCUAUGGCAUGUGUUUGUAUCCGUGUCUGUUAAGUGCUCAUACAUGUACUGUAUGUUGUGUGUGACAGGAGGGUACCUACCGGAGCCCAGAAAAGAGGUCCUCUCUGCCCAGGCCUGCCUCCUCCCUGCCCCGCCGUGCCCCCCCAGCAGAGCAGGACAACACCAGCCCUGCACCCCGCAGGCCCACCUGUAAGUAACCCUCCCCUCCACACACCUCCACACGCUGUUUCUUCAGACAGAUGAAAUACUGCCAUAUUAACCAGUAUGAUCACAUUUCACCACCAAUAACCACGCAUUAGACAGAACAGUAUAGCACAUUUGCUAUUGAAUCUGUUGAUGAUACUAUGUGUAAAGACACCCUGUCCUCUCUUAGUACGUGCUUUCCCUUUUCACAAGUCUUGAAAAUAUCCCGUACAGCUAACAACAAUCAAUAUUUUCUGUGACCGCUAUCUAAUACUCUCCUCAACUCAACUCUGUUUCUCUCUUAACUCAACAACUAUCCUCUCCUUAACUCAACUCUGUUUCUCUCUUAACUCAACAACUAUCCUCUCCUUAACUCAACUCUGUUUCUCUCUUAACUCAACAACUAUCCUCUCCUCAACUCAACUCUGUUUCUCUCUUAACUCAACAACUAUCCUCUCCUUAACUCAACUCUGUUUCUCUCUUAACUCAACAACUAUCCUCUCCUCUACUCAACUCUGUUUCUCUCUUAACUCAACAACUAUCCUCUCCUCAACUCAACUCUGUUUCUCUCUUAACUCAACAACUAUCCUCUCCUUAACUCUGUUUCUCUCUUAACUCAACAACUAUCCUCUCCUUAACUCAACUCUGUUUCUCUCUUAACUCAACAACUAUCCUCUCCUCAACUCAACUAUGUUUCUCUCUUAACUCAACAACUAUCCUCUCCUUAACUCAACUCUGUUUCUCUCUUAACUCAACAACUAUCCUCUCCUCAACUCAACUCUGUUUCUCUCUUAACUCAACAACUAUCCUCCCCCAACUCAACUACCUGUUGUCUCUCUUAACUCAACAAUAUCCUCUCCUCAACUCAACUCUGUUUCUCUCUUAACUCAACAACAUCCUCCUCAACUCAACUCUGUUUCUCUCUUAACACCAACAACUACCUCUCCUCAACCAACCUGUUUCCUCUUAACUCAACAACAUCCUCUCCUCAAACUCAACUCUGUUCUCUCUUAACUCAACAACUAUCCUAUCCUCUCCUCAACUCAACUGUUUCUCUCUUAACUCAACAACUAUUCUAUCCCCUUCACUCCUCUAACUCCUCCUCCUCUUCUCCUCUAACUUCUCCUCUUCUCCUCUAACUCCUCUUCCUCCUCUAACCCCUCCUCCUCUGUCACUAACUCCUCCUCUUACACGUCUAACCCCAGUCUCCCUAGAUCCUAACUACAUCCAUCUUAUCCUCUAACUCACCCUCUCCUCCUCCUCUCCUCUAACUCCUCCUCCUUUUCUCCUCUAACUCCUCCUACUCCUCCCUCUUCUCCCUGUAGCGAUUCAAACUGAGCCCAGAGGGGAGCACAGGUCUGGGAGGUCCCCUAGUAUCGCAGGUAGAUCACAGAUAGAUCCAUUCUGUCAUCCACACCACGCCCUGGCUGUCUCUCACUAGCUUUGAUAGAUUCACUCUGUCAUCCACACCACGCCCUGGCUGUCUCUCACUAGCUUUGAUAGAUUCACUCUGUCAUCCACACCACGCCCUGGCUGUCUCUCACUAGCUUUGAUAGAUUCACUCUGUCAUCCACACCACGCCCUGGCUGUCUCUCACUAGCUUUGGUCCUGUUCGCCUGCUAAGACGUUGCUGAUGCAUGCCAGAUCAAAGGUAUUUUACUUAUCAGUUAACCACAUCAUAUCUUAUAGCAGUCUGGUGCCCAACGGCAAAGUCAAUGAUGUGGCACGCAGCCAUUGGUUGAUACAUGCAACGUCUAAGCAGGGGAACGCGAGCUCUGUCUGCAUGUUUAUCAAUCAGCCAUUUUGUUUUGUCUUAUUGAGGAAGUCUGUAAAAGUAUUAUGUAAAAGUAUUAUGUAUUAUGUCCUAGCUGCUAGCAAAUGCAUCACAAUCAUUCAUGCUGUAUAGUUAUUGGGUUAUUUUGCCAGCCUGCUUCAUUGUGUUCUGUUUUAGUUUUAUUCCGUCUCAGCUACUUGGUGUCAAGGUCUUGUUUGUCAAGGUAGUGUUUGCCAUCAAGUUGAAGUUGUGUGUCAUUACGCUGCUCAUCAGACAUGAGUCCAUUCAGGAGACAAAGCUGUCCUCUCCCUGUUUCUCUCUCUCUCUCUCUCUCUCUCUCUCUCUCUCUCUCUCUCUCUCUCUCUCUCUCUCUCUCUCUCUCUGUCUCUCUGUCUCCUGUCUCUCUGUCUCUCUGUCUCUGUCACAGUUCCUCCCUGACCUCUGUUACCUCUCUGUUUCCCACCCAGCCGGCACAAACUCGUCGGCUCGUUCCCGUUCGGCCCGGAGCGGAGCCUCCACCCCCCACACCCCCGGCUCCACAGCGGUCACCCCAGGCACCCCACCCAGCUACUCCUGCCGCACCCCUGGGAGUCGCACCCCCGGCAGCCACACACCCAAGUCUCUCAGGUUGGUAGUCUAGACGUUAGAGAAGUCGGCCAGCAACCAGAGGGUCACCGGUUCGAAUCCCACAUAGACCAUGAAAGCUUGUGUGUGUGUGCUUGCAUGCUUGCAUACGUGUGUGUGUCUCAGGGAUUUGGGUUUGUAAGCAAAAUGACAUAUGACAUAACAAAAUGACAUUUCUCUGCAAGAAAGUAGACAAUAUAGUUGUUCUGUUGUUCUAUUCAGCCUCCUCACUCAGGAGAAGAAGUUUGCUGUGAUCCGCACGCCGCCCAAGUCACCCUCCACCACUCCCAAGCAGCUGCGCGUCCUCAACCAGCCCCUGCCCGACCUGAAGAACAUCAAGUCCAAGAUCGGCUCCACAGACAACAUGAAGUACCAGCCCAAAGGUGGACAGGUGAGAUGGAAACCACUCAGCAUAGGGGAUAUGGCCUGUGUUGAAUACCACUGUGGUCACCAGUCUUGGCUCUCUUGCGGUCUCUCUGUCUGUUUCUCUUUCUCUCUUUCUCUCUCGCUCUCUCUCUCUCUUCUCCCCCCACCUCUCUCUUUCUCUGUUCUACAGUGGCUGCCUCCCUCUCUCUGCUGACUGUCCUCUAACCACCACUCUCCUCUCCUCUCCUCAUUUCUCUCCUCUUCAUCAUGAAGCAUCUGUCUCUAGUCCUUCUACGUUGCACCAGCCCGCCCACAUUCUCAGUCUCCCACUCCCUGUAUGUGCUGUAUCUCCAUCUCUGCCAAAGCAAAUGUUUACCCUCACCUUCUCAUUGGUCAAGGGUUGUUUACCCUCUGGUUCGAUUGGUUGAGAGUUGUUUGCCCUCUGGUCUGAUUGGUUGAGGGUUGUUUGACCUCUGGCAUGAUAAGGAGAGGUGGAUUUGAACCAGAAGCCAUAAACUAAAGACCCCAGUCUGUAGUCAUUUCAGCUUCAUGGAAGUGUACAGCUAGCCUUGUUCUAGAUCUGUUUGUUCUGUCUUACCAACUCCUUUCAUCGUUUGGAAUCAGGCCAGGAUUACCGAACAGUAAAAAACAAAUGGGCUGGGUGCCCCCUUGAGGUCGGGGGCCCCCCAGUUAGCACGUCACAAGCAAUGGCAAAAUGUGUCGAAUUGGAGGUAAUUAGCUUUAAAACUGCUAAAUGUUCUCUCAGCCUCAUGACAAGAUGUGUAGAAUAGCAUUAUAAAACUUCAAAUGUUUCUCUCUGCACCAUGGCAAAAAUGUGUUGAAAAGUUAAAUGGUUUCCCCCCCCCCCAAAAAAAAUCUGCUUUCUUAAAAAUAAGUUUGUCCGGCCCUGUUUACCAUGACAACAAUGGGAGUUGCCUAUACAGCAAAAACAGAUCUGAGACCAGGAUGUACGUGACAUUAAGGCAGGGAAAUAGCCUACACACAAGUACCAGUGGCUGUGUUCUUGUGGUAGUUUCUUCCUCAUUCCCUACUCUGACAGAUGGCGUUAGCCAGAGAGGUCUUUAGCUCAAGCAGAUAACACUCACUCACUCACUCACUCACUCACUCACUCACUCACUCACUCACUCACUCACUCACUCACUCACUCACUCACUGUGUACAUAUUUAACAAGCAAGCUGAGCCUAAAACAGACAUACAGUAUUUGCUGUUAUAUAAACCUUUCACAAGGCCCUCUCAUAAUGAAUGAAGAAUCUCUAUUGGCUAUGGAGGUUAGUUUUCGUCCAUGAUGUUGAAUGACCUUUGUUCUGUGAGAGGAGUGAAAGACAGGGCUGAGUUUAAUGAGCUCAAGUCUGGUGUUGCAGACAGGACGAAGGCUCAGGGCUUCAGUACAGAACUGUGAUGGGUGAUUUGAAGUCAGGCGCAGGAGGGUAAAUCACAGAAUACAGAGUUUAUUCCGGAAUACAGAGUUACGCAGAAAUGCAGACUUACGCAGAAAUGCAUCAAACAGUCCAGUGCGCAAAACAGGCACACAGGGAAAUUAUCCCCUGGCAAUACAGAAUACACGGCGCUCAACUGAGCUACGCUCUCCUCACAAUAAACAAUCACCCACAAGGACAAGGGGGCAGAGGGAACACUUAUACACGUACUAAUGAGGGGAUAUGAACCAGGUGUGUGUAAUAAACAAGACAAAACAAAUGGAAUGAUGAGAUGAGGAGCGGCAGUGGCUAGAAGGCCGGUGGCGACGAACGCCGAAGCCUGCCCGAACCAGGAGAGGAGGCAGCUUCGGAGGAAGCCGUGACAAGAACACCCAGCCUCAGUGAAGAUUAGAAAACGUAAUGAAACAGAAUAAUCACAGAAUAAUUGGUUAAUCUCAUAAUUAAUCCAAAACAUUCUGUCUUCCAAUGGAACAUCUCUAUUUUGGUGCAGUGAUUUCACUGCAAUAUUUUGUGGUGAUCUGUAACCCAUCUAUGAGUCCACCCACUUGUAUUUGCUGUAGACAGCUAUUUAGGAAACAUAUUUAGAAACUCUGGCUCUUUGACCUUGACUGACCUUGUAGAGAUGGUCGUGUUUUACCAGCUUUAGAAUCGGCAAAACAGAUUAGGUGCAAAGCACUGGUGCAUGUGUGUGUGUAUUUAAGUAUGCGUUUGACUGUGUGUAUUCCCACUUGUGUGUGUGUGUCUGCGUUUAAUUGGCACACACGUGUGUGUCCUCAGGUGACAGGAGAAUCCAGGUCAGAGUCUGGUUGAUGAAAGACUAGGUCUGUAGGCCAGGGUUCUCCUUUCCAGAGACAUACCAGCUUGUGUUCACUCAUUGACUCAUGUCUUAUGGUUGACACGUCCCUUGUGAUCGCUACACGGUAUAGGUCUUGCCAGUCCUGUAUUUCAGACAAUGAUUCGUUUUUUUUACGGAAACCAUUACACUAAGCACUGCAUGACCAUCCGUCACAUAUACACUGAGUGUACAAAACAUUAAGAACACCUUCCUAAUAUUGAGUUGAGGCUGUUCUGCCCUCAGAACUGCCUCAAGUCGUCGGGGCAUGGACUCUACAAGGUGUCGAAAGCGUUCCACAGGGAUGCUGGCCCAUGUUGACUCCAAUGCUUCCCACAGUUGUGUCAAGUUGGCUCGAUGUCCUUUGGGUGGUGGACCAUUCUUGAUACACACGGGAAACUGUUGAGCGUGAAAAACCCAGCAGUGUUGCUACCAUACCCCGUUUAAUGGCACUUAAAUGUUUUGUCUUGCCCAUUCACCGUCUGAAUGGCACACAUAAACAAUCCAUGUCUCAAUUGUCUCAAGGCUUAAAAAUCCUUCUUUAACUUGUCUCCUCCCCUUCAUCUACACUGAUUGAAGUGGAUUUAACAAGUGACAUCAAUAAGGAAUCGUAGCUUUCACCUGGAUUCACCUGGUCAGUCUAUGUCAUGUUGUUCUUAAUGUUUUGUACACUCAAUGUACAUAAUAUGAUUAUCAUUCCAAAUAAAUAUCAAUAUACAGAUACUGUACAUACUAAUGUAAACGCAAGUACCGGGCGGCAGGUAGCCUAGCGGUUAAGAGCGUUGGGACAGUAACUCAAAGGUUGCUGGUUCGUAUCCCUGAGCCAACUAGGUGAAAAAUCUGUCGAUUUGCCCUUGAGGAAGGCAUUUAACCUUAAUUGCUCAUGUAAGUCACUCUGGAAAAGUGUCUGCUAAAUGACAAUAAAAUUGAUAAAACUAAAAUUACACAUUGAGCUAUUCACACAUUUUAUAAAGAGGCAUAUGCGUUCUUUUGUUGGUUUGUGAUUUUUUCUAAGCUAAUCAAAUCACAAUUUAUUUGUCACAUGCACCGAAUAUAACCGGUGUAGACCUUACAGUGAAAUGCUUACUUACAAGCCCUUAACCAACAAUGCAGUUUUAAGAAAAAUAAGUGUUAAGUAAAAAAUGUAAAUAACAAAUAAUUAAAGAGCAGCAGUAAAAUAACAGUAUUGAGGUUAUAUACAGGGGGUACCGGUACAGAGUCAAUGUGCAGCGGCACAGGUUAGUCGAGGUAAUUGAGGUAAUAUGUACAUGUAGGUAGAGGUAAAGUGCAUAGAUAAUAAACAGAGAGUAGCAGCAGUGUAAAAAGAUGGGGUGGAGGGGGGUACGACGACAAUGCAAAUAGUCCAGGUAGCCAUUUGAUUAGCUGUUCAGGAGUCUUAUGGCUUGGGGGAAGAAGCUGGGGGAAGAAGAUUUAGAUUUUAAACCAGAAGGUGGACUUCAGUCGUGUUUCAUCAAAGUGUGGAUCGAAGGAUAAUCUGAAGCACUCUCCCUGUGGAGGCAGUGUCACUCUCCCUGUGGAGGCAGUGUCACUCUCCCUGUGGAGGCAGUGUCACUCUCCCUGUGGAGGCAGUGUCACUCUCCCUGUGGAGGCAGUGUCACUCUCCCUGUGGAGGCAGUGUCACUCUCCCUGUGGAGGCAGUGUCUCUCUCCCUGUGGAGGCAGUGUCACUCUCCCUGUGGAGGCAGUGUCACUCUCCCUGUGGGGGCAGUGUCACUCUCCCUGUGGAGGCAGUGUCACUCUCCCUGUGGAGGCAGUGUCACUCUCCCUGUGGAGGCAGUGUCACUCUCCCUGUGGAGGCAGUGUCACUCUCCCUGUGGAGGCAGUGUCACUCUCCCUGUGGAGGCAGUGUCUCUCUCCCUGUGGAGGCAGUGUCACUCUCCCUGUGGAGGCAGUGUCACUCUCCCUGUGGAGGCAGUGUAUGUACUGCUUUGCUUUCUCUCCUUUCUCUAUUUUCCUACCUUGAUUUUCCUCUCUUUUAUCUGGCUUUUUCUCAAGCCUUUCUUUCAGACGGGUUCCCCGGUCCUUUUUCUUGCCUCUGGUUUCAUUGCUACUGUGUGAUUUCUCUAUUUGAUCUGUUAGUCAGUCUCUAUUUGAUCUGUUAGUCAGUCUGUAUUUGAUCUGUUAGUCAGUCUGUAUUGAGUGUGUGCUUCAUGUACCACGGUCAUUCUCUUCAAAACAGGGUACAUUUGAGGAGCAGAAUGACGUCACAACGACAUUAACGUUUUGAUAUCCCACGUUCCUAUUAUAUUAUAUCAAUGUCCUCCUACUAUGUCCUCCUACUAUGUCCUCCUGCUAUGUCCUCCAACUAUGUCCUCCUACUAUGUCCUCCUGCUAUGUCCUCCAACUAUGUCCUCCAACUAUGUCCUCCAACUAUGUCCUCCUACUAUGUCCUCCUACUAUGUCCUCCAACUAUGUCAUCCUACUAUGUCCUCCUACUAUGUCCUCCAACUAUGUCCUCCUGCUAUGUCCUCCUGCUAUGUCCUCCAACUAUGUCCUCCUGCUAUGUCCUCCUGCUAUGUCCUCCAACUAUGUCCUCCAACUAUGUCCUCCUGCUAUGUCCUCCUGCUAUGUCCUCCAACUAUGGCAUUGGAGUCCCAUGUGAAUGAACGAAUGGAUGGGUUAAUUAAUGAAUUAAUUAAUUUAUGGAUUAAUUUAUGGAUGAAUUAAUUAAUGGAUGGAUGGAUGAAUUAAUAGGUGAAUGAAUGAAUGAAUGAAUGAAUGAAUGAAUGAAUGAAUGAAUGAAUGAAUGAAUGAAUGAAUGGGCGAGCUAGCGAAUAAACCACGGAACUAACAAAUUCGAAUAAACAAAGGAAUGAAUGUCAGAGUAUUACAGUGUAUGGAUGCUGUCGUCCUCAGGUCUUCAUUCCAAGUGUUAAACUGGACUUUAGCCAUGUCCAGUCUAAGUGUGGCUCCCUGGACAAAAUCCAGUACGCACCCACCGGGGGAAACGUGAGUGUCCCAACACAGUGUGUUUACACACCCUGCUCUAACCAACCUCCCUCACUUUCACUCACUAACCAAUAAGCAUGGAUGGUAGUGAAUCGUGGUAUCACUGUGACAGAGAUUUCUAUCGCUGUGCUUUGUGUCUUGAUUAAUAAAGACAUGACGAUUUGGCUUUUUAAUCAUAUUCAUUACUCAGUUUAGUUUUCAGUUUAGUCUUGGCACAAAGCACAGCAAUCUAACCUCAUAGUGGUUUUCUGUACAGUGCCCUGUCUGUGCAUGCAGGGUCAUCAAAAACUCUCCUAACAUAGUCUUUUAACUGUAUGUAUCCAGUCACACCAGCCAAAACCGUCACUCAAAGGACACCUGGCCCACUCACCUAUUGUUCAUCUAGCAUCAGGGACUGACUAAAAAAUAAACACUAAAGAUCAAUUAAAACUCCUGUUCUCUGACUGCUUUGAUGUGCUAGAUUAAUUGGUUGAUUGUGGUAGAUUGACUGGUUUCAGUUGAUUGUGUGAUGUCAGUUUUGUCUUGUGUGAUGUCAGUUUUGUCUUGUGUGAUGUCAGUGUCGUCUUGUGUGAUGUCAGUGUCGUCUUGUGUGAAGUCAGUAUCAUCUUGUGUGAUGUCAGUGUCAUCUUGUGUGAUGUCAGUGUCGUCUUGUGUGAUGUCAAUGUCGUCUUGUGUGAUGUUCAUUAUCAUCUUGUGUGAUGUCAGUGUCGUCUUGUGUGAUGUCAGUGUCGUCUUGUGUGAUGUCAGUGUCAUCUUGUGUGAUGUCAGUGUCAUCUUGUGUGAUGUCAGUGUCGUCUUGUGUGAUGUUGUCUGUCACGUGUUGGGGGAUUGUUUCACUUUCUUUAUCCACAGAUUUGUAAAUUGUGACUUUAUUCAGAUUUAGUUUGACAACUUGUUGACUAUCUACUCAUUUUACUCUAAAACUUUCCUAUGAGGAGAAAAUCCAUAAUCAAUAAUCAUCUCCUGGUCUCUUCCAACUGUCUCUGUUUAAUGAGGUGGUUUACAGUGGUGAUGUAGUGAUCGGUAUUCCUCAGGCAGUUUGUUUCACAGAUUGAUUAUGUCGUUAAUCUGUUGGCUGCUACUCUCUGUUCUUCCUUAAGUGUAUGCAUUUUUUAUUAAUAAUCUUUCAUUGAUGAUAAAUAGGAUACCGUAAAGUAUGGUAAAUUUCGCAGCAUUUCAAGGUGUGGUCCUACAGCCCUUCAGAUCUAAAAUGUGACAGUCUCUUCCUUCAGUUAGCACACAGUGCAGCAUAAGACAGUGUAUGUGUGCGCCUCUCACAGGUCCACAUCACCACCAAGAAGAUAGACCUGAGCCACAUCACCUCCAAAUGUGGAUCAAUGUCCAACAUCCGUCACCGGCCAGGUAAUCAGCACUUUUUUACUUGAUUCAUUAAUAUUGGGUGAUUAUCUAAUAGAGAGAUUAUUCCCAUCUUUUGGAUGAACAGGGCAUAGAACAUUACAUUUCUCCUUACAUUUUCAUACAUUAAAUUGUUAUGCUGUACCUCAGACAAGUCACUAACUGUAGUUUAAUUAGCAAUGGAAUAUUAAUCCCAUUAUCUACAGGCAUUUUGUCCUGUGUAGUUCAACUAUUGCUUCUGUUUAUAUGAGUAUUGAUUCAUUCAUAUCCUUUACUUCUCAUCUCCUCUUCUCUCUUCUCCUCUCUCCUCCUCUCUUCUCCUCUCUCCUCCUCUCUCCUCCUCUCUUCUCCUCUCUCAUUCUCUCUUCUCUCUUCUCCUCUCUCCUCUUUUCUUCUCCUCUCUCCUCCUCUCUUCUCCUCUCUCCUCCUCUCUUCUCCUCUCUCCUCCUCUCUUCUCCUCUCUCCUCCUCUCUCCUCCUCUCUUCUUCUCAUACAGGGGGUGGUAACGUGCGUAUUGAGAGUGUGAAGCUGGACUUCAAGGACAAGGCCGAGGCCAAAGUGGGCUCACUGGCCAACGCCAGUCACACCCCCGGGGGAGGACAAAUCAUGGUGAGACAGUCUACAGUAAAAGGACAGUACAGGAUCAUGUUCAUUAGGCACCAAACAAAAGAAAAUGGACUGAAACAGGGAGGGACUACCUGGACUUAUCCAAUAAGAAACUUUCAUUUUCGUUUUCCAUUGCAAAAUGUUUUAAAACAUGUUCAGUUGCGUGCUCUAAUGGACACGACCCAGGUUUACAUAGAUGGCUUAAUGGGUUAGAGCAUGGUGCUGGCAACAGCAAGGUUGUGGGUUUGAUUCCCACAUGGACCAUGGUUAACCCUCUCCUCUCUCUCGCUCUCUCUCUCAGAUCGAGAGCCACAAGCUGACGUUCCGUGACACAGCCAAGGCGCGCGUGGACCACGGGGCAGACGUGAUCACCCUGUCCCCAGGCGGCACGGGGGGCACAUCCCCCCACCGUCUCAGCAACGUGUCGUCCACGGGCAGCCUCAACCUCCUGGACUCCCCCCAGCUGUCCACACUGGCCCAGGACGUCACCAUGGCCCUGGCCAAGCAAGGCUUAUGA